GCCGUAGUGGUGGAUUUAUAUUAAACGCUGUAACCCAUAGACACACUUUUAGCUAGUCUUUUAUCUUCUCUUCCUCCUCUCUCCCAUCUCUCUGUUCCUCUUUGCAACAAAUGGGUCUUUGUUUCAGCAGGAAGGAAAGCCCUUCCCCUCCUCCUGAUCCCAUUCCAAAAUGUAUUCCAAACGAGAAGAAUGUAGAGGAGAAGAAGGAGAAGCAAGGAGCAGCAGCAGCUCAGCCAGUGGCAGAAGUAGCCACAGAGAAGAAGCAGGACGUUGGCAUCACCCAAACUCCAAAGAAAACUCCUGCUGCCGAGGAGAAGGAUAAGAUCAAGAAAGCGGAGACACCCACAAAGAAGAGCCGCAAAAGAGGAGAGAGUAGUGGCAGUGGUGGCGACCGGAGUCCUCUAGGCGCAGUGAGGACUUCGAGCUGCACGAAGGAGGAGGUGGAUGCUAUACUUAUCCAGUGCGGCCGCCUCAGCCGCAGCUCAUCAGGGAAGGCCUCCACUGAGAGUGGGGGUGGGCAUAGGAAGUACUCGGGCUCGAAGCGGAGCUACGAUUUUGAUAAUGAGAAGAAAGGGGAGGAGGAGGAGGAGGAGGAGGAGGAGGAGUGGGAGAAGCCAAUCUCUAGGCCUUCUCCCCGCAGGAGGACACCCGGUAGGGAGCGGUCAGGGAGCAGGGAAAGGAGCAGCGGCGGGGGAAGGAGGGUGAGCCGAUCACCAGGGAGGAGGUCGGAAGGUCCAACUUCAUCUAGCUCUGCCGGCGAUAAUUCGAAGAAACCUGCGAAGAUGGUGUCGGUCCCGGCGAGGGAGAAGGGUGGCGGGUUGGUCACCGAGGCUGGAGGUGUGGGUGCAAGGAGGGUCUCCUCCGCUGCGGCUAGUAAGAGAGCUGGUGAGGCCAGGGGACUGAGGAGCGCAUCCCCUCGGUCCCGGUCACCUGCGAAUACCACGAGGACGGCGACUGAGAAUGCCGUGCAUCACAAUCCUCAGCCUUCUCAGCCUCAGUCCCUCAGCCGGAACUCAUCGAGGAAGGCGGAGCGAUCGCCUUAUAGGAGGAAUCCGAUGGCCGAGCUCGAUGAAAACUCCCUCAGGGGAAACCAGAAUGGCAGCAACAAUUGCAAGGCACAGAAGAUCAAAGAAGGGGAGGAAGGGUUAAGGAAGCCAAGUCAAUCACAGACUCAGAAAGCAAGUGAAAACAUUGCUAAUUUGCGAAAAUCCGAGCAGAGAAAUGGAGGAGCAGUGGAGGUUAAAGGCACCAACGUGAUCACCAACUUCGUUCGCGAGCAGCCGAUGAACCGGCGAGCCAAGGAGCAGCAAAUGGAGCCUGAGAUAGGGGAGGGAGCUCUACAAGUCAAAGGGGCUUCAAAGGAUGGCGAGGCUCAUUUGACAAGCAAUGGAGUGGAAAGCAGCCUCAACCCAAGAACCAUAACAAGGACUAGAUCCUCGAGGAGAUCUUCAAGAGAUUUCGAUCACGCUCUGGAUCUCAACCCAGACAAUCACCUCAUUCCAACUUCCUACACCUCUUUGCUGCUUGAAGAUAUCCACAAUUACCACCAGAAAAACACCGCCUUUUCUCUCCCGGCCUGUGUCUCCAAGGCCUGCUCCAUCCUUGAGGCAGUGGCUGACCUCAAAUCCUCCUGCUCCGAAAACAAGAGCUCCGAUGCAGACCGGUCUAACAACGAUGAUGGCUCGCUCGAUGGGCGAUUCGGACGAAGGGGCUUGGUGCCGAAGGGGCCAUUUGUCGAAUCUGAGAUCGUUGUGAAGGAUGAUCUGAUGGAGCCCAGCCUCCACAAAUAUGUCUCGGUGAGGGACUUGGGAGGUGGUGAGAUGGAGCCGCAGGAGUCAGCAGGGAGCAAUAGCUUCAUAGGACAACCCUGGUCUUCUCCUUGGGAGCCCAAUUCAGGUGAUUCCACUGACCGAUAUUGGACUUCGCAGUCCAUCAAUGGCGAUGAAGUUGAACAGCAGCAGCAGCAGCAACAGUCGACGCGAGAGGUUGCCCGCAACUCUGAAGCUCGGGGCAGAAGAUUGAGGGAUGGAUCUACUACCAACAGCCUCCCAACUACAAUGUCAUCAGGCAGCAAGAAGAGAGAGCUUGAUCAUCAUCGCGCGCUUCACCGCGGUGGUAGCGGCUUCGGUGGUGGGAGUGGGAAAGCUGCUGCUGCUAGCUCUUAGCAUCAAUAUUAGCUCUUAGCAUCAACAUCAUGUAGCUUUAGUGUUGCAAACUCAGUCAUGCCUAGGUUGAUGUCAUAGCAAGAAAGUUUGCUCUUCAAAGAUGUGAUUUUUUUUUUUGUCUCCUAUACAUUGUUCGGAUGUAGUCAUCGCAGCGGCAGAAGCAACAAUGUAUGCCCUUUUGAUUGUUCUUCUUGUGUUUAAUGUUCGAUGGAGAACUUGAAUCACUUUGUUUCAGUAAAAUUGUUUAAGUAUGUGCAUUGGAUUUGAA